AUGGCUCUAGUCGUCAACCCAAACCUCAAAAUGGUACCAGAUUUCGCUGGUAACCUGUAUGCAGGCAUUCACACAGACCUUGAAGCUGCCACAAACCAGACCGGAGAAGAAGUCAUAGCUCGUCUCAUGGAGACAUGGAAUGCAGACCACAAUGCAAGAGAGAAUGAAGAGUGCAUCCAGCGGGAAGCUGAAGCAGAGAGGGAGUGGACAGAAGCUGAAAAGAAGAAACCAAAGAUGAAUGGCUUUGAGCAUGCAUCAUCUGUAGGAGAUUACCUGACUCCCCGUCCUGCUCAAUAUGCAAUUCAGAAACUCACCAAUUUCGAAUAUGUAGAGCUAUGGUACUUCUCACCAGAAGGGUGCAAAGAUGCUCUCAAGUCUUCAUGCUCAGUGGCCAACAACGACAUGAGCAUAAUGAGGACAGACAACCAACUCACAUUAUGGCCCACCUCAGUGUUCAAAGCAUCAAAAGUGGCCAUGGCUGACCAUGACAAAGCCAAGUGGCCCCAACCAAACAUCGACGCACUGUCAUUGUUCUUCUGGCACCUCGAGAACCACUCAAUUCGAAACAACAGUGAAAUCAGUGACAUGGUGAUCUUGACAUACACAUCGCACAUACAUCAAGACUGGCACAACCGUCUCAAAUGCAAUGAGGGUUUCAACAUCGGUAACAUCAAUGAGAACCUCAUUCAGAUGAUCAACAAGGAGUUGUGGGAUAAAGUUCGCUCUUGCACAUCAAACAUUGUACGUAUCCAGUCUAAAAUCGAUAUCAAGCAGACCCGCUAA